AUGGGAAGGAAGUCUAACAGACCACCUUCUCCGAUGACGGAGCUCGAUCUUGACGCGUUCCUACAAUCACACAUUUCCAGCAGCGACGGCGACGGCGACCUCCACUCCCUAACUCAUCGCACUGUCGAUGAAAUCCUUCUCAACGAAUCCGACUCUUCUUCUUCUUCUUCUUCUUCACCGUCUGCUCCUGCUUCUCCGUUUCCCUCGAACCUAUCCUACGUUGGACCCUUCUCUAACGAUCACUCCAAACCACCGUCUCUCCAUCAAGAAGACACUCUUUCUCGACUAAACGACGACGUUUCGGUAAGUAGCCCUAAAACCCUUUCACUUGAUGAAACCCUAAAUUCUUUGGAAACCCUAAGAUUAUCACAUUCGCGUUCUCUAGAGUCGAAAUUUAGUUUAGUUAGUGGGAUAAAAUCAGGUGCCACCGAUGCGUUUUCGUUACCGCCUUUGUUUGCCAGCGUCAGAUCAAAUGCUAGGCCUGGGGCUGCCCUUGCGGCCGCUGCCGCUGCUUCCCGUUUGGUUCCGACACCGCAUGCUGCUGCCAUUAAAUCUAGAAGAGCGUCCUCUGCUACUUUCAACAAGGUUCUCGACAGUUGUGAAGAAUUGGAUUCGAAAGCGAGUGGUGGUGGUGGUGGUGGUGGUUCUGAGGUUGCUUCGGAUGGUCGUGCUGAUUUUGAGGGGUUAGGAGGUCCAAAUAAUGCUGCGGACCAGGUUGGUUCUGAAAUUCGUCAGUCGUAUGAGAAAUUUGUUGAAGAAGAUAAUGUGGAAUUGGACAACUUCCAAUCUGCAGCAGUGGAAGUGAUCCCAAAACUAGAUGCUAGUGGGGCGUUGUCCACAGGAGGUGGAGAUAGAAUUGGGGAUUUGAGUGAGUCCGAUGAUGGACAAGUAUCUAAUGUGGAUAGUUUGGAGAGAGUGGCAUCAUCAAGUCCCUACGUUGAACACUACGUCACUUCUCCUGUUAGCAGUGGGAAUGAUUUAAAUUUUGAUGAUGUUACAGAUGAAAAGGAUCCACCUUCGUCAGCAGAUGAGAAAAAUAAUGACAAUGCUGAGCUUAUAACUCCCACUAUAUCUGAAAAGCAGAGCCCUUCAUCCCAUGUUUCUGAUGAGGGCGCAAAUGCUGAAGAGGAUUCAACAAUUGUCAUUUUGAAAACACAUGAUUCAGAGCAUGUUGUACCUCAGUCUAAAUACGGAAGCGCGAGUCUAGCUGGAGAUUAUACCAGUUUACCUAGUGAUGCUCUGGAUAUCUUUGACCUUCAACUGGAAAGCAAAAGGAGUGAUAAAAGGACACGCAAGAAAUCACACUCUUCGAUGAAGCCCCUUGAACUAGCUGAAGAACUUGAAAAGAAACAGGCAUUCACAGGCUUGCAUUUGGAAGAGGGUGCCGCAGCUCAACCAAUGAGGCUUGAGGGCGUUCGCAGGGGCUCUACUGUGUUGGGAUACUUUGAUAUUGAUGUCAACAACACUAUCACAAGGACCAUCUCAUCCGAAGCAUUCAGGCGGGAUUAUGGAUCGCCUCAAGUCGUGGCAGUUCAUCUCAACUUCAUUGCAGUGGGAAUGUCGAGAGGAGUGAUCAUGGUUGUGCCCAGUAAAUACUCUCAUCAUCAUGCUGACAACAUGGAUACAAAGGCCCAAAAGGGAAGGAUUGUUGGUGAAGAACAUUAUAAAACUGGGCAAAAGGUUAAGCAAUCUUUGCAACGUUACAAAGACCUUCAGGACAUUAUAGCUAUCCUUGGGUUAGACGAAUUAUCCAAAGAGGAUUGUUNCGAGCUAACUAUACAAUUGAAAUAG